AUGUCGUACCAACAAUAUAGCGGCAAUCCCUACGGCAAUGACGGUUAUGGCGAUUCCAACCCGUACGGCGGCCAGUCCACUACCGGCGCCGGCUAUGGUUCCUCAAACCCGUACGGAGGCCAGGCCCCGCCGCUACAGCACCACGACUCGUCCAACUACUCGCAGGAUCCCAGCUACACCGAGAUGGGCAAUCUGAACGCUCCGCCUCAAGCCGCUCCCCGCGUCCUGGGCAACGACGAGUUCCUGGCCCGCGUCGACGGCUGCAAGAAGCGUAUUCGCCAGCUCACAUCUCAAAUUGGCGAGAUUACGACCGUCCACCAGCGCCUCCUCGCCGACACUGCCGAAGCGGGCGCGCACUCGCAGCUUGAGCACCUGGCCACUCAAACCUCGCUCUUGAACUCUCAGAUCAAAGACGAGAUCAAGUUCCUCGAGACCGAUGCAGUCCGCAGCGGCGGCAAUGUCACCAAGGACAGCCAAGUCCGGAACCUCAAGAACAGCUUCAAGGCCGAGCUCCAAAGCUACCAAGAUGUGGAAAAGAAGUACCGCGACCGCUACGCCGAACAAAUCAGACGCCAGAUCUACAUCGUAAACCCCGAAGCUACCGAUGCCGAAGUCGAGCAGGCCCUGAGUACCGCGGAUGGCCCUCAGCAAAUUUUCGCGAGUGCUCUCCAGAGUAACCGUUCUGCGCACGCCAACAGUGUCCUCGGCUCCGUUCGCGCUCGCCACAAUGACCUCCAGCGCAUCGAGAAGUCGAUGGAGGAGCUUGCCGAGCUGUUCAUCCAAUUGAAUGAGCAAGUCGUCCUUCAGGAGCCCCAAGUGCAACGGACCGAGGAGCAGACGGAGAACGUUCUCGAACAAGGCAAGCAGGCCCACGUCGAGCUUGACAAGGGUAUCGAGCAUAUCAAGCGCCGUAACCGCCUGCGUCGCUGGACUCUGUUCGUCUUCAUCCUCAUCAUUUGCAUCAUCGCACUCGUACUCGGCCUGUACUUCGGUCUCAAGGCGAAAAACGACAACAACAACACCAACAACACCAACAACAGCGCAUAA